AUGGUGGGUGGGUGCGAUGUCGUCGCUGGUGCUCUAACGCGCGCCCUCGGGCAGGCGAUGGAAGCCUCGAUGCCACUCUCACGCAAGUCCGCUAGGAUAAAACCGCCGUGGUGGGACGCUGGACUCGAAGAGUCCAAGAGGCGUCUCAAUAACUUCAGGCGCACCAGGGACUACAAAGUCGAGGAUAGGGAUCAAUUCAGAGUGCUCAGGAACGAGCAUCUGAAAAAGAUUAGGAGGGCUAAGAUGGAGUCGUGGAGGAAGUUCGCUACCUCCAUAAACUUGGACAUCUGGGGCCCUGUCUAUCGAUGGGCUAGGAAUGGUUCUUCUAAGAGUAGGAUUCCAAGCUCCGUGCUACGGGAAGACGGAACCUUCACGGUGACGGCUUUGGAGACGGCUGAGUGUCUGUUGGAGAGUCUCAUCCCCAGGGACGUGACUGCUCCCAUCUUCGAACAUGGCAUUGUUGAGAGAGAGAGGCCGGAGGUCACGGAGGCGGAGGUUAAGAGGGCCGUCUGGAGGAUGGCCCCUAACAAAGCUCCGGGAUUGGAUGGCCGGGGUUCUCAGGAAGGCCUGGGGCGUAAUAGGCACGCCGCUAACCAGUGUUCUGAGAGAGUGCCUUAG